UAUAAAUAGUGCCUGAAAACUCCGGCUAAUUUAGAAAAAUUCGUGCAUUUAAAUAUUAAUACCAUGUCUGCGCCGGCUACCGAGGAGGAAUCUGCAGAAAGUGCUGCGGAGCACGACUUCAUAGAACUGAAGAGCACGGAGGACUUGGAGGGCUGCGAGCGGAGGCAACUGCUCCAGUACGUGGAAAAAUUACACGGAGUAAUCCGAAAGUGCGAUAAAAAACUUGCGGUCUAUAAACAAAAGCUGAGAUUCUUUCUGAUCCAAGAUGAGAAGAGUUUCUGCGACAAAGCUAUGCAGACUUCUGAAACGGAUUUCCAGGAAAUCAUAAAUUCCACGGAAAGAGAUGAGGAGACCCGUGAGAUGAAAGAACCAAAGGAAAAGACCGGAGAAUUAUCGGCAACGGACGCCUUCAGCUUUGUGGACGAGAUGCGGCAGGCGGCCAAGCAUGCCGAGAACCUGAACAAUUUCGUGUACGAGCCCACAUCGGGCAUGUACUACGAUCCCAAGACGGGCUACUACUAUAAUGCGGAGUACGGGUUGUACUACGACGGCAGCACCGGCUGCUAUUACAACUACGAUCAUGCCAAGGACUCGUACGAGUUCCACUCGCAGGCCCAAGUCCAGGCGAACGAACCGGCCAAGUCGGAAUCCGAGGACGAACCGGUGGAGUUCGAUGAGCUGGGGGGCGUCAUCACUGAUCGCGACACUCUGAAACAGAUCAAAGCUGAAAAAAAGAAGGCUAAAGAACAGGUCGAGAAGAUCAAGCGCAAGGCGAAGAGGAAAAAGAAGGACAAGAAGCACGGCAAAAAGAAGCGCAAGAAGGAGCGCCGCCAUAAGUCGAAGAGACGUCAUAGGGACUCCGGCGAUAGGGAUACGGAUGGAUCGGAUGAGGAUGCCGAAGAGGGCGAAUUGUCGCAGAGCAGUUCUAGUUCCAGCUCCAGCAAUAACGAGGACAGCGCCGGCAGUAAUAGCGAUACGGAGGACAGCAGUGUUCCGAUUUUCAAGGCCGCGGGACGCUUUCAAGACAUAGCCAAGAGGUACCCGCCCUCGUUGCGCAUUAUCGUACAGGAGACAAAUAUGGAAACCCUGAAGGUGGGGAGCCUACAUUUAAUCACCUUCAAAGGCGGCACCUUGGGGCGCGAAGGAGCUCACGAUGUCAUUAUUCCCGACGUGAACGUAAGCAAGACCCACUUGAAGUUUCACUACGAGGCCAAAUCGGGCAUAUACAAAUGCCUCGAUCUGGGCUCCCGUAAUGGAACUAUUCUCAAUGGUUCCCCCAUGGCCGGCGAUCCAAUGGAUCUAGUUCAUGGCAGUGUGAUAACCUUGGGACAGACGAAACUCCUGUGUCACGUACACGAGGGCAACAGCACCUGUGGGCUAUGUGAACCGGGUCUUUUGAUAGAAACACCAGCCCCAGUGGCGGCCACAAACACGGCGUCUACGGGUACAGUUUUAUCGCACAAGGAGCAACUGAAGAAGCUGCAGAGGAAAUAUGGACUGGAAAAUGAAAAAUUUGUAGAUUCAAGUGGAAAUGGACAGUCGGCACCCAAUUACAAAGAUCGGGCUGCCACGCGUCGCGUCAAUGUGGGCAGCAGCACAGAUAAGGAAAAGACUGAGGUGGCCUGCGUCAACACAGAGAUUGACAGCUCCAACAAGGGUUUCAAAAUGCUUAGCAAACUGGGCUGGCAAAAGGGCGAUACAUUAGGCAAGACCAAUGCCAGCACUGGACUCCUGGCACCGAUCAAUGUGGUGGCCAAUGAGGGGACCAGCGGUCUGGGAAAUACUGAUCCAGUUCCCACCGCCUCAAGGCCGGUGGACAAAAGGAAAUUAGCCAAUUUGAAGAUCACCCAGGCACGGUAUCAACGGGCCAAGGACAUUUUCGAUCAGUCCGAUGAGAGCGAUUAAGAAGGCAUUUAU